AUGAUUAGUGCAGUGCAGAGUGACCCAUCUUCUUAUAAAUAUGAAAUUUACUAUAAUUUAACAAAUAUUGAUGGGCAAUCAACGAGUUUGUUUUUCUUGCCGAGUCAAUUAUACUCUUUCAAUACCUGGCAAAGAGUUAUCUUGUCAUAUUUUUAUGAGUCAGGCUCAAAUGUAAAAUUAUUUGUAAAUGACCAAAUGGUCGAAUCUCAAAUAUAUGCAGACUAUUUUUAUAAUGAGAAUUAUAAUUAUAAAGUUGAUUUAGGGAAUUGAGAUUUUAAAAGGAAAUUUGUUGGAUAUGUGUAUUCUUUAAAAAUAUAUAAUUAUGCAUUUGAAUCUGUCAAGCCAUGGUCGACUUCAUCAUGCGGAUACCCAUACUGUACUGAGAACAAUGAAGCCUUAAUAAACUGCAAACCUUUGGAAUUUUAUGAUAUUUCUUCAAAAUCUUGUAGUUAUUGUAGCAGCUACUGCUUAUUUGGAUGUGCAAGAGGAAGUGAUAUUUGCAAUCUUCAUCAAAAUCCGCUUUGUCAAUCUUAUGAAAAUUUGAAAUUCAAUAUCUGUGAAACAUGCAAAUCAAAUGCGAAUAACAUCCCCCCUUGUAAUUGUGCUAAAAAUUUGAUAUACGAUACUGUAUCAGAAACUUGCAAGUGCAGCGAUGGCUCUCAGCCGGUUAAUGAUCAAUGCUCUUCUUGCAUUAGAUAUCUUCAGUCUCAUGAAAUAAAUGGAUAUUUUACGUCAACAUUUCUAACUUCUUUAAACUUGUAGAAAAUAUACAUAAAAUGGCCGGAGACGAGCGACCCGUCCCUUCGUGGCGGGUGUCUUUAUGUAUACCGGACGUGGUUUUUGGAUACGGAGAGCUACUCAAGGGAAGAGUUAGCCUCGAGGCGAGAGGCCCAGCCCAAUUUCCGCUGAUUUUGGGACUUGACCCGGGCAGCAGUUUUUCGCAUUCUUUUUGCCAGUAGCGCCGAGGCCCAGACUCGGUGUCCGAAAGAGGCAGGGUGAGUUACCUGCCUAGGCUACUUGCUGGCUUAGCCCCGAAUCCCGCAAGGGGUUGAGUUCUUUCUUAAAGAUGAUCUGGGAAAGAGGGGAGGCGAAGCUAGACUAGAACUCAAGGGCGCAAAGUCUCUCCAGCUAAAAGGGUCCUCUCAGGAGGGCGAUCUGGCCAACCGGAGGCAAAGACUGGCGUAACUCGGGGCGGAAGGCUGAGUUGGAAAUGGUGGUGCCCAGCGACAGUCGGCUGACGAGAAACCGGGGUUUCGGCCCGGGCUCAGAGAACCAGUGAUGGAAGUCCAUCCUUUUCGCUCGUGCCAGCACGGCUCCCCAAGGAGCGCGGAGAAAUUUCACGCUUGGAAAUAGGGACUAUAAAUACACAGCAUAUUCUAAUCUAAUCUAAUCUAAACUUGUAGAAAUUUUUUUUUUUUUUUUUUUUAUCUCUCCAGUUAAGCGAGAGAUAAUAGAUUACUCUUAAAGGGGUUCAAUUUUCUAUUUAAAGUAUAAAAAUAUUUGAAAUAAAGAAAAGAAUAUCUAGUUUAAUUUAUAAAAUUCAUAUAUUAGGAUGAAGCAGUCUCUAAAUUGCUAGCAAUUAUUAAUAAGAUUUAAAAUUAAAAUUAUUUUCCUCUUACUUAAAAGGAAUAUUCUCUAAAAAAUCAUUUUUUAAUAGUUUUGCUCUCCUAAAAGAGAGAACAUAACAAAAUUAUUUUUACGGAUUUUAAAAAUUACAAUUUAAAUAUUUAAAUCAAAAAUUAAAUAUAGAAAUUUCUUCUUUCUUUCAUCAAUUUUCCAAUGAUUUUCAUCGAGGAGUGAGAGUAAGAUUAAUUUUUGAGUUUUCAAUCGCUGUUGAUAUAUCUGGAUUGAAAUGUUCAAAUAUUUUUCCUAUAACUAUAUUAGCUAAAUUUGGAUUAGACUAUUCCUGCAGUCUUGGCUCUGAUAAAAUUACUGUUGAGCUUGGAAAGGAUUUUGCUAUAAGAGACGAAUCAGUAUCUCUUAUAAAGGGUUCGCUAAAAAGUGGAAACGAAUGCGGAUACACUGCAAAUGAUAUAAGUGUAUCACUGCAGUAUUCUGCUUCUCCUCCAUUUCCUCUUUCUAUAAUAGAUGCUCCUAAUACAGUAUUAUACAACUGCCAAGAUUUGUUAAUUUCAGGCCAAAAGUCAACAGGAAAUCUUAACUCUGCAUUCGAAUACAAAUGAACACUCUCAUCAAAUCCGCCUUUGCAAACCCUAUUACAGUUCAAUACUGACUUUCAAACGCAAAUUUCUUAUUUUUUUAUUCCGAGAAGUGAUUUAUCAACAGCAAACAUCACAGUGACUCUCACAGUAAGAAAUAUUUUGGGUAGUGUAGGCAAAAAUUCAAUUGUCAUUCAAUCAAUUCCAAAUGGAAUCUCAGUAAAUUUUGACAGAACAGUCAGCUAUGAAAUAAUGGCUACCCAAGCAAAAUACUUUGCAGCUGGAUCUAUUUCAUCAUGUGAUGAAAUUAGCAGGCUUUCUUUAGAAUGAAAACUCAUCUAUGCAGUUGGUAAUCUAACAACUAUAAAUGAGAAUUCUAUAUGGGAAAGCCAAAAAUGGCCAUCAAGCUUGUACAUCCCUUCAAAAAGCAUCCCAUCAUACACAAAUGCUACAUUUGCACUGCAAGCAACUAGCCUAACUUCAAACGUCAAAGGAGUUGGAACUCUUGAGAUUUCUGUAUUUCCAGCAUCUCCCAUCAUUCAGUUUUCUCGUAUAGAUGGAAACGCAGAUAUUACCAAAUCAUUUUCUAUUGAUGCAAGCUCAAGCUACGAUCCUAACGAAAAUAAGGCUCUUUCCUUUAGCUGAAGGUGCACUCAAAAAGAUUCAGUUAAUUGCUCAUCAUUAAUUUCGAAUUCCUAUUCGUCAAUUUUAAAUAUUCCUCCAAAUUCUUUAGAAGACGGAGCUGAUUAUGAUUUUUCACUAUUAGCUGUAGCUGAUUUUUCAAAUGGGAGGCAAGGGAAAUACUCGGUGAAAGCUGAAAAAUCUAUCAAAAUAAGCACUGUUAAUUAUUAUGUGCCUAAUUUUAACGUCAUUAAUGCAAUCUCUAAUGAUCAGUCUAGCAUUAUAUCUGGAAAUGAAAGAUUGCCACUAGCGGCUUCAAUCCAAAAUGAACAAAAUAAGCAGUUCUUUUAUCAAUGAAGCUUAAAAGGAGGGGAAGCUCUUGAAUUCACAACUCCUCUUGAUCAAUACGCUAUAGCGAUUUCACAGGAUUCUUUAAACACUGGGAUUACCUAUACUCUAAAUUUAGCCAUUUUCGAUGGCAGCCACUACUCUUCAUUCUUUUACUCAUUCUAUACCAAUUCUCCCCCACAUUCAGGAACUCUAAUUGUCAACCCAGGUGAGGGCGUCGAAACAGAAACCAUUUUUAAAAUGGAUGCUUUAGGUUGAAUUGAUGAAGAAAAUGAUUACCCAUUUACCUACUCAUUUGGCUAUUUAACUGAUAAUAAUUAUGUUUUUAUAAACAUAAAAAACCAAAGCUCUACAUAUUUCACAACUUUUCCCUGUCUAAGUAGGAGCACUUUGUCUGUUUUUGUAGAUGUUUAUGACAGUUUAGAAGCAUUUUCAAGAAAAAUUGUGAAUAUAAAGAUAUCAAAAAAUAAAAAUCUGGAUCAAAAUGAGCUAUACAUAAGUUCCCAAAAUUAUAUUUAUUCAAUAACUUCUAACCCUCAAACGUAUCCAGGAACAAUUGGAGACUUGUGCAGCUCUAUACUUAAUCGAGAUUAUUAUUUAAACGGGGAAUUCAAAAAUCCUUCUGAUGAUGACAAGGUAUUUUUUGAUGAAGUUACCAACUCAACUCUUUAUUGGACAAAAAGUUUAAUUGAAAAAGGUGACUUGGAUAGUCAAGCAGUUUCGAAUUUUGCAAAUUUAUUAACAAUGAUUACUUUGAAUCCAUAUUUAGCAAGCAGUGAUGUUGAAGAGAAAGUCUGUGAGAUGAUAAAUACUAUAACAGAAAACAUCCCAGAAACCCAAAUAUUGCCUGAGUGUGUGGUUUUGGCUUAGGUCUCUCGAUCUUUCCUGAUGGGAAAAGGAUUUUGCUUGGCCGAGUUAUGCUAGUUAAACCAGCUCUCCAUAUCGUAGAAGCACUUGCUGAGAUUUCGACCAUUUUAGGAGUUGAUUUUCCCUCAUAAUUUGGCUGAGCAGAUCUCUCUUUUUCCUAUCGGAAAAAAUUGGGAAGCACAAUUCAAAAUCAUGCUCGGGGCAUAUUGCUAACUCUCUUAUUUAAUCAAAUAAAUAUUGAUAAACUUUUCUUUAAAUUGAACAAAAAAUCUUAAAUUUUAAAAUUUUUAUUGAUGGAAAUAAUAAUCUUAUUUUAUAUUGCCCGAAACCUAGCUUUGGCUCGAGCUUUGCCGAUGUCUCUUGAUAUCAUCCGGGACUUGGUUUAACUAAUAUUUGUUGGGUAAAGCCAAAUUCCCAGAUGAAAAAAAUAAGUAGCAAGUUGAUUGCGAUUGGGGAGUUGGCUUGCCAAGAAGCCAGUGCAGCCCAAUCCAAAACUGGAAUCGGGCUAAGCCUUUUACCUAAUUUAACGGGCUAAUAUUCACGAAAUAGAAACUACCUCCAUCAUACUAUAUUUUAAAAGGAAAAUCUCUUCAUCAUUUUCGACGGCAAAAAAACAGCAGGAAAAAGUCUGCCUUUUUUCGGCUUAACCCUAAAUUAUAAUCAAUAUAAUGGCUUAUUUUAAAAAUAAAUUUAAUUCCCUUUAAAUAGGUAUAGAAGAGGAGUAAAUGAACAAAUCGAUGGCUAUUUUACAGCUAUUGACCAAUCUUACCAGUAUAAUGCUACUAGCCUAGUUAAUAAGACAAAUGAUCUUAGUAUUGGAGUUGACGCCAUGAACAGUGUUAGUAAACUUAUCCUUUCACAAAUGGUUAUUAAUGAAAACCAAUUUAUCAUAACUGAUAAUUUGGAUACUACUCUCACAGUAAUGGAAAGCAAAGACCUAAAUGAUUUUCAGUUAUAUUCGAAUUCGAAAACAGCCUCAGUAGUCUUGCCUUCUGAUUUUUCUUCAAUAUUAGAGAGUUAUACACUAAAAACUGAAGUUGGAAUUUCAAUGACCCUCCUAAAAUCCCCAAGCAAUGCAGACAGUUUAUCAUCUUCUGUAGUUGAUUUCUCAAUCUAUGAGCGCCAGUCAAAUAAAAAAAUUGAAAUAAAUAUGACUUCUUCAUAUGUCUUAAUAGAAAUUCCUGUCUGGAACUUGAAAUCAUCAAAAUUCGUCCCUGAGUGCGCUUAUUUAAACACUAAAAAUAAUACCUGAAGUACUCUAGGAUGUAAAAAAUGGCAAAUAAAGCCAACUAGCAUUAUAUGUAACUGUACCCAUUUCACUACUUUUGCAGCUAUAGACUCUGCAGCCUCAACAUUGGUAAACUCAAACAUUGGUGACACUAUAAAUGUAUCUGCGUGAACUAGUUUAAAUGAGUCAAAUGCUAUUGGCUUAUAUUUUGGAAUAAUCACUUUUAUAGUUUAUAUAAUUUUGGCUAUCAUUACUUAUAAAAAAGAUAAAAGAGAAGAGAAAUUGGAAGAAGAGGCGAGGAAAAAGAUGAAAGGAAUACCUAAAAAAGUAGAAAAAAUUAUCAGCGAAUUCAAUGAUUUAUCAGAAAUUGAGAAUAAGCCUGAAAAAAUGAUGGAAAAUGCUCAUUUAGAAACAAAUAAGAAGUCUUUCAUUUGCUUCUGUAAGAAGAAAAAGAAACUUGAAGAUUGCAAUGCUGACUCUAGAGCUAAGGGAUCAAAAAAAUCAUGUUGGCCAUUCUGUAAAAAGAGAAACCAAGCUAAAAGAAACCAGGAUAGUGAAAUUAUGAAAUCUUAUCAGGAAGUAAUAAAGCUUUCAGAAAAAGCUAGCUUUUGGAAAUGCUGUAAAAAAACACAAAAAAAUAAAAAUAAUAUAGAUCAAAGUGAGGCAUAUUGCGGCUCCAUGUCAAAUGACCGUGGAAAUUUGAUUGUGUGACAUCUCAUAGGGAAACUUUGUUCGAAUCAUUUUUGAUAGUGAGACAUUUGACCGAAAAAACCGUCAAAUUUCAGCCAAAUGAAUACACUAUUUAAAAAUUUUCGACCAAAAGUACUUCGGUGAAAUGGACUCUAUCAAAAAGGCAAAGUCAUUUGACCUGCACCCACAUAUUGCAGCCCUGACGAAGUCUAUGUUUAUAGUUUUACUGACGGAACAAAUUCUGAGAGCACUGAAACUGAAGAAACUAAAGAAACUAAAAUGGGAAAGUGGUUGGGCAUCAUCUCAGAAAAGCAUGAGCUCUUUAAUAUUCUUUUCACAAAAGUUCCUCAGCACCCAAGUCUUUGCAGAAUAACUCUAUAUUUUUUAGUUUUGAUAGGUCAGAUGUUUUUUAUUGGUAUGUUCUACGAAACAACUUCCACAUCAACUGAAACAGUCAUAACAAACUCAACAAAUUCCACAUCUUCUGACUACAGCUCAGAAGGCUUUUCAAUCGAUUACAGCUGGCAUGACUUUUGGAUUAUGGUUUGAUCCUCUUUAUUGAUGAUAAUCGUAACUUCAACUCUCAGCAAACUCUUUACUGAGCAAGAGAUCACUGAUCAAAUGACAGGACUGCAAUAUAUAAAAAUUAAGAGGCAAAACAAAAUAAAAAGAUGGAUAGGAUUAUUUUUAGCGUGGGGUAUUAUGUUCUAUUUCUUGUGAAGUAUUGCUUUAUAUUCUAUUCAGUUUGAUGAGGAUAUUAGUAGAGUUUGGGUUCUUAAUACAGGUAUAGGCUAUACGGUUAAUAUUUUGUUUACGUCUGUGAUUAAGAUAGCAAUUACUGCAUAUAUAACUAUGAAAUUAUUAGAUCUUAUUGAAAAAUAUAAAAAGAAAAAAACUAACUCCCCCCCAUCCUUGAUCGAACGACUCACCAUCGUUCGAUCAAGAAUGGGUGUUUAAAAAAAAAAUUUUUUGGGACAAAAAAUUUUAUAUAAAAAUAAAAAAUAUAGUACCCCCCCUCGUUUGUCGCAUUUUCUAGUUUUUUGCCAUUUGUCGCAUUUUCUAGUUUUUUUUUUUAUAAGAGAAAAAAAAAAUUUUCAGGACCUCAUUUUGUCGCAUUUUCUAGUUUUUUUUUAAGCCAAAAAAAAAUCGGUUCAGGACCUCGCUUGUCGCAUUUUCUAGUUUUUUUUUCUCUCUAUCAAUUCCUAAAAAUUAAAAUUCGUCAAAGGGAUCAGUUAGUGAAAUUUCAUCAUUUCUUCCUUCAAAAUCCUUGCUCCCAUUCCUCAAUCCCCACAGCUUGCUUCCCAUUACCUGCUCCCAUUGCUUAAGCCUCACCACUUGCCAUUCACCAUUCUUAUUCCCCUAUCUUCAUGCCUAUUUCCUUAUUUGAUAGCUUAAUUUCUAGUCUUCCAUAUUAAUUAAUGGAGUUGCGCGAAAUUGAGGACCAGCCGAUAAAAAUCCCGGCAAUGAUUCAAAGCAUGGCUUAUGGAGAGAGGCUCAAUGCAAAGCAGAUCCAAAGAGCGUCUUGCUGCUUGUGGCAAGGACAUGAGCCUGACGACGAUCAGGCACUACACCAACAAGUUCAAUCCUGAAGAGCACACUUUAGAGCUCAGGCGGAAGCUUGUGGACCAUGGACUAUCGCCUCCUCCUAAGAAAAUCAAGUGGAAUGAUGGAGAGCAUAGUCAAGAGGAUCAUUGACGUAGGUUUCUUUAAAAACGAAGAACUUGCGACAAUCUUGGGGACUUCUAAACGGACUAUUGAGCGAAUUGCUGCAGAGAAUACUGAGAGUGAAUCUGACGAAGCGGCUGGAAGAGAAGAGGCACUAUCCAGAUCUCCCCUAAAGCAUUGAAGUGAUGAAGACUUUGCUGAGGUCAUUAAGGAAUGUGAGAAGGAUACAGGUUUUGUCAGCAAGGCAAGUUUGAGGGCCCAAUUCAAAAGAAAGACAGUUGACAUCAGCGAAGAACAGCUAGGAAAAGAGCUGAAGAAGAGGGGAUAUGUCUAUAGAAAGAAGAGGGUUGUUCUACAGCUAACUGAAGCUCAUAAAGAGCAGAGAAUGUCCUGGGCUAGGUCUUUGAUUGACUCAGAUAUCGCUUCAUGGGAUCUUCAGUGAUGAGUGCUAUGUGCAUCUCUUUCGUAACUCUAAUUUGUGCAAAGAAGGGAUAAACGCAACGAUUGAAGAGCCUAUCAAUUGAAAAACCUCAAUUAUGAUCUGGGGAGGAAUUUCUAUCGUUUUUGGCAAAAUGCUCUUCAUAAAGAAGGAGAAGUAUGCAAUCAAUGCCCAGGUCUAUAUCAGAGACAUUCUCCAGGGCUAUAUUGAGCCUUUAGAUGGAGACUACACCUUCGUUCAGGAUGGGGCAACAGCCCAUACUGCAAGGCAGACUAUGGAAUAUUGCAGAGAAAACGGGAUUGAUGUGAAGACUCAAUCGCCGAAGAGCCCAGAUCUCAAUCCAAUUGAGGUGAUCUGGGCCAAUUUGAAGAGGAAAGUGGAGAAAAGAAGGCCUGACAGCAAAGCCAGACUAAUUGCUGCCAUUCAGGAGUCAUGGGACGAAAUUUCUUUUGAGGAAGUGCAAAAUUCCAUUCUUAAGGUGAAAAAUGAAAGAGCAAAGCAGGUCAUUGAAGCGCAAGGAGAAUGGAGUUAAUAAGCUAGCUAAUUUAAUCUAUUCUCUAAAAAGGGGAGAGUAAAGUGGGAAGGACUGGGAAGGACUCGGGCCUGCUAACCCUCUGCAGGCAAAUGUAAGGUAAACUCCUCUAUAAUUACUCAGUUAAAUUAAUCAGAAACUAUUUUUUAAAAAAACUAAGAUUUGCGACAUCAAAAAAAAAUUAAAAAAACUAGAAAUUGCGACAAAUGUAUUUGCACUAGAAAAUGCGACAAACGAGGUCCUGUAAAUUUUUUUUUCCCUUAAAAAAAACUAGAAAAUGCGACAAACGAGGGGGGGGGAUACUAUAUAUAUAUAUUUUAUUUUUACUUUUAAAUAAGAGGGUUAAGAGUAUUUAAUAAUUAUUUUUACAGCAAGAAAUUGAAUUAUUUCAUAAAAAUACCAAUUUUUAAUAUUUUUGAUUUAUUAGUUGUAUAAAUUUUAAUUUGUCCUUAUUAAAUUAAUUUUUUUUUUAAAAAUUUUUAAAAAAAUCUCUGUUUUAUUAGAUUAUUAGUUUUUAAGCCUAGGUUGAUGACUAAAUCACUUCGAAUGGUUGAUUUCGAAGCUUUCUGUCGUCUCAAAGUCUCUGAAAACAACUUCAUUAUGUACAUCUUUCCAAGCUUUUGAUAACUAAUAUUGUUUUAUAUAUAUAAAAAUUGUCAUGAUAUGAAAAUCGUUCGAUCAAGGAUGGGGUUAAUUUCCCAAAUUUUUAGGAAAUUUUACAGUCAAUCGUUCGAUCAAGGAUGGGGGGAGUAAGGAAAACAAUGAAGCUGAGAUUCAUAUAACAGAUUUCCAGCAGCCUACAACUGAAACUAGAACUUCUACUGAAAAAAAUUAA